AUGUCCAAAAAGCUAAAGAUGAGCCCUCUGAAGAUUUGCACCCAUUCGGGGACCUUCCAUGCGGACGAGUCCCUUGCCGUUUACAUGUUGCGUACUCUGAAACAAUUUAAAGACUCUGACCUGAUACGGUCUAGAAAGGAGGCCGACUGGGACGCUAGCGACAUCGUUGUUGAUGUGAGCGGAAAGUAUGAUGGCAAGAAGUACUUUGACCACCACCAGAGAGAUUUCUCGGACGUGUUUGGUCCUGGAUUCAAAACCAAGCUUUCUUCGGCUGGUUUGGUGUACAAACAUUACGGUAAGCAAAUUAUCAAGGAAAAUUUAGAGAUCGACAACGACAAGGAAAUCGAUUUCCUUUACGAUCGUGUUUACAAGGAUUUCAUCGAGGCAGUGGACGCUAAUGACAACGGAAUCAACAAAUAUGAUGAUCAGGACCAGCUCAAACCAAAUUUCAGAGACAGAAACUUCCAGCUUUCUUCGGUGGUCUCUAACUUGAACCCAUCUUGGAUCAUCGACCCAACUGACGCUGACUUUGACAAGGCUUUUGAAAAGGCAUCUGAGAUUAUGGGGUUCGCCUUCAUGAAUUACCUGGAAUACAUGGGCAAGUCGUUUUUGCCUGCCAAACAAUACGUUGAGGCUGCUAUUGGUAGCAGACACGAGGUGGACCCAAGCGGGAAGAUCAUUGUUCUGGACCGUUUUGUUCCUUGGAAAGAGCAUCUAUACAACUUGGAAAAGGAACUGGGUAUCGAGGGCGAGAUUCUUUACGUUUUGUUCGCCGAUUCGUCGUCUGCAUGGCGUAUCGCUUGUGUGCCUGUGAGUGCUUCCUCUUUUGAUUCCCGUCAAAAAUUACCCGAGCCUUGGCGUGGGGUGCGUGACGAUGCCCUUAGCGAGCUGACUGGAGUUCCAGGAUGCAUUUUCGUCCAUGCUGCCGGGUUUAUUGGUGGAGCAAAAUCGAAGGAGGCCGUUGUCAAGCUUGCCCAGAUGGCUUUAUAG